GGUCUUGAACUUUCGGGCCACCACGACGACGUUGCGGAAAUUAGUGAAACUGUUUAAGUGUGCAGUCCUAAAUCGCGAUAUUAAUGUUUUCGCACUGUUUGCUUAUGUAUCAGUGACGAUUUAGAAGUGGUGGGGAGUCCGUUUUUCCGCAGGAAGGUAGUUUAGUGCUGGAGCUACUCAAAGUUCAGUACCCAUUUCUGGCAUCAAUUAGUGUUAUAAAACGCACGCCGCCUGUUAACUCGAGGCGCUUGAUGUAAUGCACGUAUAGCAAUAUUAUUAAUAAUUAAUUACAUUAGUAUUAGUAAUAAUAGUAAUAUUAUUAAUAAUUAAUAAUAUUGCUGUCGAAUCGUCAGGCCGGGUCAGGGUCAUUACAGGCAACUAGUAAAGCAAUACCAUAUUUAAACAUGUGGACCAGCAGAUCCUCAACGCUGCUGGGCCACAUGUUUAGGUAUUACAACCCCACUGCGAAAAAAAUGUGACUUCCUUUUUGAUGUUUUGUAUUUCAUUAAUGCGACUUACAUCUACUCCCACGAUUUCCCUGCUACUAGACUAGAUCAAGCAUAGAUUUCUUCAUUACGAUAUGCAAACUUUAUGCAGACUCAUAUUGUAUAAAUAUGAAAUACUGGCUAAAAAUAACUGACCUGAAAGAAUAAUAAGAUUAGACGCUUGAAAUAAACGUCAUUCUUGAAAAUGCAAGCAAAUCGGAAGAACCUGAUGUUAUACGCUCAAUUUUAUUAAUAACUACAGCAAAUAAAAGGACUGUUUCUAGGAUUAGAUAGGUAGCAAAGAACAAAGCAAUUCAAGAUGUCUGGCACUGGCACUGGCACACCGUCAGAGCUAGCUACAAGCGAAAUGCCGGUCUCCGAGCCCGAGGCGGAAGAAGCAGAGGUUACGCCUGCUGCGAAAUUAGCUACGUUCCCUCCAUACCCGCCUUACGCCACGGAGGUAGUACCGCCGUCAGUGGCAGAGGCAAUCAUCGCUGGCCAUGGGCUGAGGCUGCAACACAAGUCCAUCCCACGCAAAUCUAUAAAACCUCCUCCGAAACCAGCUAGACCCAGAGGUCCCAAAGCAACGGAUGUGAAGAUGACAAAAACUGCAUUUCGAGCCCACGCUCGAUGUCUACGCAAACAUGGUGCGAUCCUCACUGACCGUCUCGAGCGCAUGUCAAAGCCGACGCGGCGCUCCAUCAUAUACUUGUGGCGGGAACACGCUAACACGCUACCUCCAGAAACGAUUGCUCGUCUACGAUCAAUGUUAGACGCCGACGAACCAUUCAAACCAGAUCAAGCGUAUGAAUAUUUUAUCAACUUGAAAAAAACUCAGAAGAAAGCUGCUGCCACAUCACACAUUAAUGAUAUUAAGAAAGAUAUGUUGGCUAUGGUCGGCGAAAAAAGGUUCGUUUGGGCAAAAAAUGCUACUGUGGCAUUUGCUAGGGGCAUUCAACAACGAUUAUCCAGGCCUGGGCGUUAUGCACUCGCUGAUGGAAUGCUAAGGUUGUCCAACAUUAUUAUGGAUGAAAUUUGUGGUUAUAUGCACAUGAAAACUCCUUCCAGGCGGAAUACGCAUCCAAAAGCAAAGUUCAUGAUGGAGAUAUCUGACAAGGUUGCAGUUUGGAUCGACGAAAUACUAUCAGAAUCAGAUGACAGGAUGCUAAUGAUGGACUUCGAUGAAGACGACGACGUACUAGGUUCGAGAGGAGAUGGUGAUGGUUUCAUGGAUGAAUUCCUCGAUAUGAUGGGUUUUGGUGAAGGCGGAUCCCGCUUUCUAAACUUGGAUCGACCAGCACAUACAAGAUUUUCAGGUACACGCGUAAAAGUCUUUGCGCAUACCAUAUUGUUAUACGAGUUGUUGAAAUUAUAUUUAUUACCUAAUCAAUCUAGGACUGCAAUGGACCAGAAGGGCGAUAUGAAACUAAUUUCUCAUGGAAAAUUUGACUUUACUUACCAAGAAGCAUCUAAAGCGUUAAAAGAAACAAACAGUUUUAGAGCUACUGAAUACAUUGUGAAGGUUGCAAAAGAAAUUAAUGCGAAUCUGACAGAAACUGUAAAAGGCGUCACUCCGCCUCAACUCGCCAGGUCUAUGAAAGAUAUGGUUGAAAUCUGCUCCAAUUACUUAGCACAAGAUGCGGAAUUUAAUAAGACAAAAGGCUCAGCUUUUCAAAAAUUGAAAGAAGCCAUGAAGAAAAAAGGCAAUAAUGUAAUGUAUCAUAAGGGUCAAGUUAGCCGUACUUACGCUCAGGCAGCUCAACAACUUGAACGAGCUCAAGGUCUGGAAACAGAUCACGAUGACCCCAACCUGUCGCAAGGGAUACAUGCAAAAAUGACAGGGUUGGUACUAGGCAACAUUCCAGAAGAUAUGAAAACGGAGAUGGAAGAAACCGUGGACAUGUCUUCAAAAUAUUUAUCUCAAAAAGCCGUCGAUGAUUACGAACGUGGUCCAUUAUUUGAAUUUUUGAUUAAAACCCUGAAUAAAGAUGGAGAUCAGCCUUUUUCUGAUAUUUUUCCUCUCACCACGAGGAGUGCAACUGCACAAAUCUUGCAAACGGCACCAGAACUUUGGAACGCGAAACCUGACCCCGCGACUGUGGACAAAAUAAAAGGAGCUCUGCACAAAGCUGUAGACCCACACACUCCCAAUCAAAUGGCCGAAGAAAUGAAACGUGUAAUUAAUCAAAGUGCUAAUUACUUGUCCGGUUUACUACGAGAUAGAGGUACCGCGAUGGACUCGUUAUUAAAUAUGAUGAAAAAAAAUCCAGGAAAAGUGUUUUCAACAAGAAAUAAUUAUACGUUGGACUAUGGGCAAGCAGCAAAAGAAUGUGAUUAUUUCAGUAUUCAGGAAGCACCAGACCUCAUCACACAUUUGCAUAUAAAGGAUAUUGCUGAAGAAGGACAAGCAAAUUUAACGAAAGACAUGAAAAAUGAGACUCCAGUUGCAUUGCAGGCCCCAAUGGCAGCAUUGAUGAAAGACGUCUCCAAAUAUCUUUCCCAGGUGGUGGCCUUACGAAGUGGAAUAGCUGGUGAUAGAUAUCCAAAACACUUGCUGGCUUCAAUGGAUAAAGCUAUAGGAAGUAAACCCCUUUACAAGUACAAGUCGUACGGACAAAGUUACGGUGAAGCAGCAGAUGUUUUGCAACACGAGGGCCCCGUAUUUACUCCAGGAUCAGUACAACAGCCAGGAGAGCCUCUCUCAGCAUCCAAAACGGCGUUAGCAAUAUCGCAAGGAGUGUCUUUAAAUGAAAUACAUCCAACAGAAUCAACUAAGGAGUUGGGUCAUGAAAUUGCAUCCGAAAUGAAGAGAACCUUACCAAAGCAAAUAGCUCCAAAUGUUGCUGAAGAAUUGGAUGGUACUAUUGAAAACGCUGCUAAGCAAAUAGCGAAACACGCUACUGGACAAGGAAAAGCAUUGGAACAUUUGACGGGUCUAAUGAAAACGAAAGGAGACCAAAACCUUGCCAGAUUGCAAGGAUAUGAUCAGACCUACAGUGGUGCAGCAAAAAGGUUUGUUCUUGCUCCAACUUUGACUAAUGACAAGGUCGACAAAAAAGCUUACGAAGCUGUGAAAGCUAAACUCACCGACUUGACUAAGGACAAACCAGCUGAUGAAAAGGUUGCAAAAUAUAUACCAGGUAUUAUCGAAGAUAGCUCAAAAUUUCUAGCAGCACCAUCACCUGAGACGAACGCCGAAAAGAAAAAAGUGUUAGCUGAUUUACUAGCCAUGAAAAAAGAUCAAAUAUUAGAUGAGGAAGGUCCUUAUAAAAUGACUUAUCAAGAAGGUGGAGAGGAGCUUAUGCAUGCUCCAGCUGGUGCCAGUAAAGCUCAUAACGAGCAGAAGCAAAAAGAAAUGAUAAAGAAAAUUGAAUCUGUAUUACCCGAUAAAAAUAUGGCAGCCGCAUACAAAGGCCAAGCAAUGGCAGUCAUACAUGACAGUUUGAAUAAAGAAAAAGAUAAAAGGUUUCUUGAUGUUGGAAAUUUCAAGAAAAAUCAGGGACAAGUUGCGGAAUUAUUGAAAAAUGCACCCAAUUUUCAAGGUGAGAAAGCUUCUCCAGUUUUGUUGGAAAACGUUGAACACCAACUCGAUGUACUUCCCAAACAGAUGCCAGCAGAUAAACCACUAGCUAAGCAGCAUAUGAAAGAUACUACUGAAAUCGCUGCAAAAUAUAUCGCAUCUAAAGCUACGGCAGAAAGUGGUUUAGGAGCCCAAGAACUAGCAGAACUUCAUAAAGCUGGAUUCAACGAAGGAGCCAAAGCCGCAUCUGCAGCACAACGAAGAACUGUACAAGGAGAAUUUGUAAAACUAGAACCAGAAAGUGUAGGUGGACAGAAGCAAGCUGCAGACGGUAAAAUAUAUAGCCCUACACCUGAUGGCAAAGUUUACGGCCCUGAUGGCAAAGUAAUAAGCUCUGACGGUACAGCACAUACUCCUGAUGGUGUAACAGUGGGUCCAGAUGGAAAAUUAUAUGGUCCUGAUGGUAAAUUAUAUUUCCCCACCGGUAACGUAAUUGGCCCUGAUGGCAAAAUGUAUGGCCCUGAUGGCAAAGUCAUUGGCCCUGCCGGUAUAGCACACACUCCUAAUGGUGUAACAGUGGGUCCAGAUGGAAAAUUAUAUGGUCCUGAUGGUAAAUUAUAUUUCCCUACUGGUAACGUUAUUGGCCCUGAUGGCAAAAUUUACGGCCCUGACGGAAAAGUAUGUACAUUAGGUGAGAAUGAAGAGCAACGUCAACGACGAUUAGCUGAAGCAGAAGCAUACAGAAAAUAUGAAGAAAGUGAAAGAAGGAGACUGGGUGAUAAGGAGUACUUUAGAAGACAAGAAGAAAGAUUAAGACGAGAAAUGGCGGGUGGUGGGACAGGAAAAUAUCGAGGUGGGGCAUUGGGUGCUGAUUACGACAAGGAACAUGAAUCGGCACUGGACAUCCUACACCAACAAUUGCAAGCAAACGGAUCCAAAGUAUUGUAUCAACAACCUCAAACUGUUCUCACACAUUCUCAGGCUUCGGAGUGGCUUUCUUGUCCAAUGCCGAUGAAAGUGGAUAAGGCAGUGAAAGAUUCUGGAGACACCGCACGCCUACAUAAGAAGUUCGAAAGAAAACUAAAUGCCCUUGUCAAUGAUGUCACGCCACCACAGUUGGCUGACUGCAUGCAAGACGUCGUCAUUGAGGGUGCUCGAAGGCUAUCUGAAUUCUUUCUCUCGAAGAGUUAUAAUGCGCUUGUCAAAGAUGCACUUAUAUCAGAAAUGCAAAAGCGGGGAAACGAAAUACUUUCAGAAGUGGAUGGCGCUGCGGAAACGUAUUUCUUUGCGGCUCAAAGAUUAAAGAAAGCAGACUCAUUGGAGGUCCGGGAACCUUGCUACAGGGUCGCUAGUGAUAUCAAUAAGAAGUUGGACGACAUGAUCAAAGUUCGUCCUUUACCACGGAAACUAAGUUUGAUAAUGAAAGAUCACAUCAAAGACACUUCUAACUUUUUGUCUGCAAUGGUUACGAAGCCCGAUGAUAAAAUCGAGGCAUACGUCGCGUUGUUAGACGAAAUGGAAGCGGAAGGGGAUUUCAAUCUAGUAGAAGGAGAUAUUCCUAAAACAUAUAAAGAGGCUGCUGACUAUCUUCGUCAGCUGACGUCAAAUACAGAUAAGAUUAAUCGUCCCAACUCUUCAAUGCAAGCAGAAAUUCAGACAAACCUCAAACAACUGCUGGAUCAUGUUCCACCUAGUGGUUAUAGCCGAUCGGUUAUGAACUCCGUUAUUGCAGAAACAGCAGGUCUUUUGACCUCAUACGUAAUGCUCCAAGGAGCAAAAACAGCAGCAUUAAAAGAUCUUGUGCAAGAAAUGACGGAGGCAGGCGAUGGUGCACUAUUGAGACAUGGACCUAUCCGUAAAUCUUUCAAGGAGGGCGCUGAAUUGUUGCAAGGAAAAAAUAUAGAUCAACUCGUCGUGUCUAAUCCUGACCCUGUGGUUGCAAGAAAAAUUCAAAUAAAACUAGGCAAUUUGAUAGAGAGAAGUAGUUAUGCCAAUUUAUGUCACUUUAAUUAUGAAUGAAACUUUACAGAUGUCAUCGAAGACGCAACUAUGUACCUGGCUGUACAUCUCCUUGAACCUAAGGUGAUCCAGGUGUGCAAGUGUUACAAGAACGUGUUUGUGCAGUGCGAGCUGUGGUGUGAAGAGAUACUGCGACGCGUGACGCGGCCAUGUUGCACCUGCUCGCGACACGUGUCGGUGCAGGCCUUGAAAGACCUCGUGCCCGGGGAGAUCCUGAUCGCCGCAUCAGACGGCUCCCGCGUGUUCGCACCUGGCGUGGAUAUAUCCAUUAACCCUUGCCCUAGAAUGGCUAAACGCAAACGAGAUGAUAGCCCUGCAGUCCCCAGACCAUGUCCAGCUGCUUCUCCUACAUCUGGCUGCCAGAGCCGAACUCCAACUACUUCCUACGUCAUGUAUUCCACUUCACAUCAACGGUUUGGUUACGAUUCCCUACAAGCAUCAGCGGGCUCAAGUGAUUCACUACCUAUAACACCAAUGUCCUUUAGUCCUUCGCAACUUUCGAGAAGUAGCUCUCCCAUAAAAUCUCUCUUAAAAGAUAUUCACUCUGGAAAUGUUAACUUUUAUCAACAACAACAAGAACAAAUGCAGAUGUACGAAGUUGAAAAUCAGAAGCGACUACAUAGCGAGCCGUCAGUUUCAUACUUCUCUUCAACUAAUAAUUACAAUUUCGGAGAUUCACCUAGAUCGGAAUCGCCAGUUACCACCUGUCUCUCUCCGGAGUAUCCUUCCCCGAUGAUUAGUAAUAUUCAUAUAUCCGACGCGUCUAAAAUCACACAAGCUAAGAGUACAUACAGCUCCCGAACUCCAAUCAUAUCCACUGAUCAGAUGGCUGACUGGCAUGCCAUGAUGGUCAGUCUGAUGUGGAACAUGCAAGCAUGGAGGGAUUGGAUACAGGAGAUAUUUGAGCAUGCCUUAUCUUACCACAGUACUCCAAGCACACGAGAUACAUGGUCAUCAUUUCAAAGAAGGAUCACGACUGAAGCUCUUCAAUGGCGUCAGUACAGUGUGUUCUGUCAUCAACUUACAACACGUCUUCACAUACGCUACAAGGAUAGAGAAUUCGUGUCUCCGACGCGACCCACAGCCCAAACGAAAACUUAUAUAGCUUGUCAAGAGGAAAUGUUAAAAAUUAUCGAAAUGUUCAACAAAUGGACACAAUGGCUGACUUUGGUUGUCAAAGAAACCAAUACGUUGCAACAAAUGUCUGGCGCUGAAGAUAUUCCAUUACACCAAACGCGCUGGACUCACUUGAAGAUAAAGCUAGAUGGUUAUGCUAAAGAUUGGUCUAAAUACAACAUGUUUCUGAAAGGAUCCUGGGAGAAAAAAUACAGUUCUGUUAUUGAAGACUACUUGCCAGAAUGGAAGAAACCAGGUGCAGUAUGGGUGGUAAGCGCUUGUGGUGCGGUGCCCAGUGGCGCAGUCGCUGCGGGCGUGUUUGAUGGAGAAGUCACCUGGGUCGCCAGGACCACGCACAAGUCUAAGGUGCUCCCAGCAGCUUUGUAUCCUUCAAAACACUGCUGCUUGGUAUACGCUGAUGGCAUAGUCCAUAAAUACACAAAAUAUCAGGUAAUGUGUAACGCAGAAGUUCGUUGGGUGGCAUGGCGAGGUGGCUCAGUGGUAGCACGGGCAGUUCAAGUGGCACCAGGAGUAUAUGUAGGGAGAGUGCAACAUCGUGGUAACCACCUCUUGGGGGCUGUGCAUGAACCACACUAUCGCUGCCACGUGGUCUUCUUCGGGAGGCCCUUCGCCUUUAACAACUACGACCUCCUCAUGCUAGCAGAACCACGAGACGAGAAGACAUUCCCAUGAAGUAGUAGACCAAGUACAGCAAGCAGGUGACAGUGUACAUGGUUAUCGAUUUUGAAAUUAGAACACGGAAAUGAUUCCGUUCUUUUCUUUUCAUCUUUUUUAAUGAAAUUUCUUUGUAAUUAAUAGACAAACUGUCUCCGAUUGCUGUGCCAAGGUUAAGGGUAUGAAUGUUUUAUAAUCUAAUAAGAUAAUUACUGAUUAUAAUUCUGGGGAUUAAUACUUUAUCCAAUAUUUCAAAAGUAGUAGUCUUCCAGUAAGACUCGAAAUGACACUGGCUAGAUUGGUGUGAUCUUACCAAAUCGUGAUAGUUUUGUUGAUGUCUUGAGUUUUAUUU